GAGAACAAGUUGGAGGAGGUGUGAGUGUCUUCCUUCGAUCCAGGCCGCAGCGCUCCUCUCUCAAACGGCCCAAGCCCAAAAAGGCUGAGAUCUCAGAGUAGAGCCCACUCGUCGGGCGCGCACGCACGCACGCCGUGAAGACGACGACAGAGCCCAAGUCGAAGCGAGCGGUUUUGCCGGCGGCGGCGGCGACCGGAGGAUGGGGAUGGGAGGCCGGGGCGUGGUGGGAGACAGGUGGUCGCAACGCAUUCUCUGGAUCUGCGCCCUGGGCAGCGCCGUGAGCAUCUACUUUGUGGCGGUGGAGAGGCAGGCGCAGAACCGCGCGCGGGCGGUAGCGGAGGGCCUCAAGGGCCUCGACGGCGCAGGGGAUGACGUGUGACAGAGCUGGACGCUGCCGUUGCAGAGGGGCCUCCUUUGUUUAGGUUAUUAAAAUGAGCCACUUUUUUUUUUCUGCUUCACAUGUUCACAGAACUUCGUAGCGUUGCAAUAAUAAUGUACUAAACAUCUGUGCCCGGUCUUUGUAGAAAGGAAUGUUGAUCAA